AGAACAGGAGGGAGUUUCACAAGGAGGCUCCAUGGAACAAGACUUCAGUGUAUUUAUGGUGGAUUUCUCAUUUUCUUGAUGUGGGAUUUGGCACAGUUUAAACUUUCUGUGAUGUUGCUGGGACCUGUGUUUGAGGUUUUUAACCAUGCGUUGUUUUAAAGAUGACCCAUUGCGCACGGAUAUUAAAUUAUACGGAUUAAACUAUACGGCCUAUACGUGUGGACGUAAAUAGGAUAAAGGAAUAAUACAAAUCUGCGCGCAGCGUCAUGGAGGCGCCCGAGGUCUCCUACGCGUCCUCGUCCGCAAACUCCUCGUGGGAGUCGGGAACGCGCUACUCACGGACGGAAGCGGCGGGGCUUGCGGCGCUCGUCGCCUUCCUCAUCGUGUUCACGGUGGUGGGAAAUGCGCUGGUGAUGCUCGCAGUGUUAACCAGCCGUGCGCUUCGUGCGCCACAGAAUCUGUUCCUGGUGUCUCUGGCCGCAGCGGACAUCCUGGUGGCGGCGCUCGUCAUGCCGUUCUCUCUCGCCAACGAGUUGAUGGGAUACUGGAACUUUGGGCGUGCGUGGUGCGGUGCAUACCUGGCGCUAGACGUGCUCUUCUGCACCGCCUCCAUCGGGCACCUGUGUGCCAUCAGCCUGGACCGCUAUUGGUCAGUCACGAGUGCCGUCCAAUACAACCUGAAGCGCACACCUCGCCGCAUCAAGGCUGCCAUACUGGCUGUGUGGCUCAUCUCUGCACUCAUAUCCUCACCGCCGCUUCUCUCCAUGAUGGAUGAUGGGUUGGCGGAGGGCACAGGGCAGCUCCCGCAGUGCCAGCUCAAUGAUGACACGUGGUACAUUUUAGCCUCCAGCUCUGCAUCCUUCUUCGUGCCAUGCAUCAUCAUGAUCCUUGUCUAUGUGCGCAUUUACAGGGUGGCCAAGACGAGAACAAGGACCGCUUCGGAGAAAAAGUCAAGUGUGGACACUGAGAAUGGCGUCAGCAUUGCUACAUCAGUAGUGAAGAUGAAUGGCGAGAGAGAGAGCGGGCACUGUCCAGGAACCCCAGGCAAAAAUGCUGAGCCACGACCCUCAGUCCAGGCAGAGCCAGAACCCACCUCAACUUUGGAGGCCAAAAGCUGGAAGGAAAAAGAUACAACACCAAGCAGAAGCCAGGGUGAGGGCUCAAAACGUGGGUCGUCAUUGGUAUCACUGGCAUCAGAGACCAGCAGGAGGGCAUCCCGUGCCAGCACCAAGACCCGGGAUUUGUUCUCAUCUCGGAGGAUGUCGAGCGGACGAAGGAAGAACAGCGGUGGCUGCAGCAUAAGGAGGAGGAGGGCAUCCCAGGUGCGUGAAAAGCGCUUCACCUUUGUGUUGGCUGUAGUGAUGGGUGUCUUUGUGCUCUGCUGGUUCCCUUUCUUCUUCAGCUACAGCUUGUAUGGUGUGUGCCGCCAAGCAUGCCACAUUCCUGACCUCCUCUUCAAGUUCUUCUUCUGGAUCGGUUACUGCAACAGUUCGCUCAACCCUGUCAUCUACACCAUCUUUAAUCAGGACUUCAGAAGGGCUUUCCACAAGAUCCUCUGCUCACCCUGGAAGAAAUCCUUCUAGA